GCUUGGCAAGUAUUCAGGAAGUGUAUCUGUACAGAGCUGGAAUUAAGGUUUCACUUUGACCGGCAGGCUAAACAAGGAAGCAGAUACUGAUUGGAUUGUACUAGCAGGGAGCUAAGUGUGAGCUGUGUGAGUCCUUCCUGUUCCCGUGCAAAACAAGCUCUCCGAAUUGCAGGCAGCACAGGGUGUAAUUACUGGAAUGGUUUGGAGCAGGAAAUAUCUAGGACUGGCAUAGUUUAGGAAAAACUGAGAAAAUGUAUAUAUCUCUCUAUACAGCAUAUGAAAGAAAAUGGUAAAAAAGAGGAGAUACACAGUAUGCUGAAUGAAGUGAAGGAGGAUCACACCAAGCACAAAACUAGUUCUGCAGAACAGACACCAUGAGCCUUCUAUUCCAGCUCUGCCCAUUUGCCUUGGGGUGUAAUGUCUUCACACUGGGCAUCAUCUUCACCCUUCUGCUUCUGCUGUUGGACUUCAUGAAGCGCAGGAAACCCUGCAAAGACUUCCCUCCCAGCCCCCCCUCCUGGCCCUUUGUGGGGAACCUGCUGCAGGUGGACUUUAAAAGUUCCCAAAUCGCUUUAAGACAGCUCUCUAAAACAUAUGGGGAUGUGAUAAGCCUGCAGGUCUUUUGGAAACCCAUGGUGGUGCUCAAUGGAUUUGAAGUAAUGAAGGAGGCUUUGCUACAGAAGUCAGAGGACAUAGCAGACCGUCCCAUAAUUUACUUGUUUGAAAUGCUUGGGUUUGAUGAGAACAACAAAGGCGUUUUGUUUGCAAAUUACGGCCAAUCUUGGAAGGACCUAAGAAGAUUCACCUUGUCUACAUUGAGGGAUUUUGGGAUGGGAAAAAAAUCCCUGGAGGAGAGAGUGAGAGAAGAAGCUGGGUACCUGUGUGAUGCCUUCCAGUCUGAACAAGGCCGUCCCUUUGACCCACAAGUUUUAAUAAACACAGCAGUCAGUAACGUUAUCUGCUCUAUCAUAUUUGGUGAACGCUUUGAAUAUGAUGAUCACAAGUUCCAAAAGCUUCUGAGGCUAACCGAAGAAAUUGUAACAUCAGAAUCUGGGAAAGUGACCCAGGUUAUAACUUUAUUUGCAUGGAUAUCUAAAUUUCCGGGCCUAGCCAAGCCGUUUUUCCAAACUCGGAUGCAAUUGCAUAAAUAUCUACAAGAAAUUAUCAAUGAGCAUAAGCAAACAUGGGAUUCUGGGCACACAAGGGAUUUUAUUGAUGCCUUCAUACUUGAGAUGGAAAAGGCAAAAGGAGUUAAAGACAGUAAUUUUAAUGAUCAGAAUCUUCUGUUAAUUAUAGCGGACUUAUUUGCAGCUGGCACAGAAACUACAACCACAACCCUGAGAUGGGGCCUGCUGUUUAUGUUGCUGUACCCAGAUGUGCAAAGAAAGGUGCAAGAGGAAAUUGACCAAGUGAUUGGAAGAACCAGGAAGCCUACCAUGGGAGAUGUAUUACAGAUGCCUUAUACCAAUGCAGUCAUCCAUGAAAUCCAGCGUUAUGCAGAUAUAAUCCCUCUCUCCGUGCCACAUAUGACAUACAGAGACACACAUAUCAAAGGCUUUUUCAUACCAAAAGGCACCGUUAUUAUGACCAACCUGUCCUCUGUGCUUAAAGAUGAGAAAGUCUGGGAAAAGCCUUUCCAGUUUUAUCCGGAGCAUUUUAUUGAUAGGGAUGGCAAGUUUGUGAAAAGAGAAGCAUUCAUGGCAUUCUCUGCAGGUCGCCGUGUUUGCCUAGGAGAGCAGUUGGCCAGGAUGGAACUGUUCCUCUUCUUUUCGUCUCUCCUGCAGCGCUUCUCAUUUCAGAUCCCUGAUGGCGAGCCUUGCCCACGGGAAGAUCCAGAGUUUGUAUAUAUGCAGUUCCCACACCGUUAUAAAAUCUGUGCUAAAGUUAGAUAGACAGCUGCUCAUUAUAGGUGUGAAAAAUAGUUUAUAUUAUUAAAAAAAAUGAAUCUACUAGGCAGUAUUGGUAGUUGCAGUUUUUCUGGAACAGGAAGCGUAAAAGCUGAGUUUGUGUGACUGAACUCCACACAUAAUCAGGGUAUCAUUUGCUUAUGUAUUUUUGUAAUACCUUUUAAUUUUUAAGCACUUGAUUGAUUUACAGUAACCAAGUUCAUGUAUUUCUGCUGUUUUAUUGUGGGGGGAGAUGUUUAUUUUAGGCUUAUGUAUCACUGGGUGUUUUAAGGGCCAUAACUGAAGCACAACAAAAAUAAAAAGCUGCCGAGGUGUUUUGUUUGCCAGGGUAGCCGCUUAAAGGAACAGUAACACUAAAAAAUGAAAGAGCUUUAAAGUAAUAAAAAUAUAAUGCACUGUUGCCCUGCA